AUGGUGGUCACCGAUUAUCAGAUUUCCUUCUUCAAGAAGAAUGGCUACUUAAUUGUCCGUGACCUACUGCAGCCUGGCCAAGUCAAAGACCUUCAAUCAUGGGCGGAAGAAGUUCGGAACUGGAAACCGACUGAAGAUUCAGAAUUCAUGCCCUACGAGGAGGUCAAUGACAAAGGCCACACUGUUCUCUGCCGAACUGAGAACUUUGCCGAUUGUCACAAAGGUUUCAGCAAUCUCCUACGAAGCCCAAAGCUGCUUGGUCUUCUGAAUGAUCUUGCAGAAGAGCCUAUGCUUUUGUUUAAGGAGAAGAUUAAUUACAAACUCGCUGGAAGCGGCGGAUUCGCGCCUCACAUUGAUGCUGUUGCCUACACGCACAUCAAAGAUGUCAAGCACUUGACAAUUUUACUGAGUGUGGAUCCUUCCAAUAUUCGCAAUGGAGGACUUGAAGUUGUUGAUGGAAGCCAUGAGAUGGAUGUUCCUAUUAACAAGGCUACCAACUGCAUUGAGUCGACUUGGGUUGACUCUCACACUUGGACGCCUGUUGAACUAGAAGCUGGCGAGCUACUAAUCUUCACUUCUUACCUGGCGCAUCGCAGUGGUGCCAACAAGAGUAGCUCAGACCGCAAGGCGAUCUAUGCAACUUACAAUCGGGCUUGCGAGGGGGAUCUGCGCCAGGGUUACUACGAGCAUAGAAAGCAGGAAUGGCCGGCUACACAUAUGCGAAAGGCUGGGAAGUCUUAUGAAGCGGGGGCGUUGACCUAUGGCUUUGGAUCUCCUAUGCUUAGUGUGGAGGCUGGAAAGCAAAGUGUACUAAGAGGUAAAUGGCUAGCCUGGAUGCCGGACCUAUGUGACCCACUCCAAGCGACAGUCAACGCAGUCAUGGAACUUCCAACAGUCCCCACGCCAUCUUCCGUGGCUGAGUACGUUAUAUCGGUUCUUCAAGCCUCCGAAAACACACCAUACAUUGGAGAACCUAUCUCUCAACUCCAGCAUUCCCUUCAGUGCGCUGCCCAAGCUGCAGCAGCAUCACCACCAGUAGACGAAGCCACACAAGUUGCCGCGUUGCUCCACGACAUCGGUCAAUACGCACCCGCCAAAGACCUCCGCAAACUCACCGGAGGUGAAGCCAAAAACCUCGGCGGACAAGCAACAGGCACAAGUGUUGGUAGAGUCGGCCAUGAGACAUUGGGUGCACAAUUCGUUCUUGCGCUGGGCUUUUCUGAGAAAGUUGCCCGUCUUGUGGAAUCACACGUUGCUGCCAAGCGGUAUUUGUGUGCAGUGGAUAAAAGGUACUUGGACAAGCUUUCCGAUGCAAGCAAGAAGAGUCUUGCAUAUCAGGGUGGACCGAUGAACGAUGAUGAGAUGGGUGAGUUUGGUUCUGAUAAGUGGUGUAAGGAAAUGUGUCAAUUGAGGUUAUGGGACGACGAAGCGAAGAUCGAGGGACUUGCGGUCAGAGACUUGGCUAGCUGGAGGCCGGCAUUGGAACGACAGUUAGAAGGAAGACAGGGCAACAUGAUAUAG